GUGUGGUUCCAGAAUCGUCGCGCAAAAUGGCGGAAGAGCGAACGAUUCGUGAAAGAGCACAAGGACAAAGAUGGCGGCGGCAAAGGCCACCUGGUGGACGUGACGUCACACGAGAGCGGCGACGAAGACAGCCGCGCCACCUGUGGGUCGCCGGAAGAACUACGGUCGACGUCGCCGCACACCGAAGGCCGCGAGUCGCCGGAAGCCGUGCAGAUGACGCCCCCUGGCGAGCAGCGGUCGCCCUAUCAGCCGACCUCGCUUCUGCAGCCGAUGCUCGGUGCGGUGACGUCAUCGAUGACUGCCACGCCCUCUAUGAUGACGGCUCCCAUGAUGCAUCAUCGCUUCCCACACCCGGCGUUUCAGUUUCCGUUCAGUGCGCACGGAUUCGACCCUCUCUUCUCGUCUGCCGCCGCGCACCAUCGCUACCUCUUCCCACUGCCGCCCGACCCGGCUAAGUACUUCGGUCGCUCUGCCGACGCACCGCCGCCUCCACCUCCGCCGCACGCGCUUCUGCCGACGGUCACAUCGCGCGGAAAUCCGUCGUCGGCGACGUCGGCGACGGUGGCGCCCCCCGCGACGUCGACGCAGAAUCCCGAAGUUGAUCAGCAGAGGGCGCUGUCGUCGGUGGAGUAUGCGGCGGUGGCAGCAGCGUCGCACGACCAGCGCAGCAGCAGCGUUGCCGACUUGCGCCGGAAGGCACGCGAGCACGCCGAGGCGCUCGGUGUGACGUCAGUUCCGGCGGACGUGACGAAGCACGAGGCGGCGACGGUUUCGUGA